AUGGUCGCGCCGCAGCUUCAAUUGACGUACUUUUCCAUCCCUGGCCGCGCCGAACUCAUUCGCCUCGUGCUGGCGUACGGCCACGUGGCCUUUGACGACAUCCGCCUCUCGUUCCCAGAGUACUUUGAGAAGAAGAGCUCGCUCGACUUGCCGUUCGGUCAACUCGCGGGCCUCUACCCGGUCGACGCGCUCUUGGCGCUCGAGGCCGACGCGGUCGUUGACGCGAUUCUCGAGCUCGUCAACGUCGUUGUUGACGCCGUCUUCAAGACCAAGGACGAGACGCUGCGCGCAACCAAGUUUGAGGCCAUCAACGGCGAGAUCUUCCCGCGCAUGCUGCAGCAGCUCGAAGCGCGCGUGGCGGGUCCGUACUUUACGGGUGCGCAGAUCACGUUUGCGGACGUGUACCUCUUGGACUUUUUUUUGAACACGCUUUCCAACGACAGCGUCACAAUUCGCCUCGCCGAGUACCCCAAGCUCCAGGCCAUCGUCGACCGCACGCGUGCGCUGCCGCAGCUCCAGACGUACUUGAGCAAGUGA